AUGACUUGCCAAGCAUUUGCUUCAUCUGACACCUUUGUACCCUUGAAUUCUGACUCUUCUCCCUCUCUGCCUCUGAUAAUGCAUCACAGCGCUGCAGAGUGCCUGCCGGUUUCUAACCAUGCCACCAAUGUUGUGUCUACAGGCCUUCAUUACUCUGUGCCUUCCUGUCAUUAUGGAAAUCAACCGUCUGCCUACGGGGUGAUGGCAGGCAUCAAGUCUGCCACUCCAGAGAUGCUAUCAGCAAGUCUCUCCCAGAGUCGCAUCUUACAGACAUGCAGCAUGCCACACCCCAACGUGGUAAAUGGUGUCAGCACCUUGCAAAGUAGCCUGACCCCUUGCCUUUAUAAAUUCCCGGAGCACACCCUGAGUGCCAGCUCCUGUGCCCUGGGCCACAGCUUCACACCCAUGCACCAGUCCCUCCUCACAGACGAACCCACUGCUGCAGACUUCAAGCAGGAGUUCCGCAGAAAAAGCAAGUCUGCUGAAGAGCCCGUCGACAUGGACUCCCCCGAAAUCAGGGAACUGGAGAAAUUUGCUAAUGAAUUUAAGCUGCGGAGGAUUAAGCUGGGUUAUACACAAACCAAUGUUGGAGAAGCACUGGCUGCUGUGCACGGCUCUGAAUUCAGCCAAACUACUAUUUGCCGGUUUGAAAACUUGCAGCUGAGUUUCAAGAACGCAUGCAAGCUGAAAUCAAUACUAUCCAAGUGGCUGGAGGAAGCAGAACAAAUAGGAGCUUUAUACAAUGAAAAAGUUGGAGUGAAUGAGCGGAAGAGGAAGCGCAGAACCACCAUAAGUAUCGCUGCCAAAGAAGCCCUAGAGAGGCACUUUGGAGAACAAAGUAAGCCUUCUUCUCAGGAAAUUAUGAGGAUGGCUGAGGGGCUCAAUCUUGAGAAAGAAGUUGUGAGAGUUUGGUUUUGCAACAGAAGACAAAGGGAAAAAAGAGUGAAGACAAGUUUACAUCAGAAUGCCUUUAGUUCUAUUAUCAAGGAGCAUCACGAGUGCCGGUAA